UGCCGCAAUGCGCCAAUUAUUGGUGCAUUUUAUAUGCCAAUCGUGUGAUUGCACAAUUUAUUGUCCAAUGCGACAAUCAAAAAUAAAUUGUGCUGAUUUGCGGCAAUCAAAUACAACUCUGGUACGACAAUCGUGUGAACUGUUAAUAGACAACCUUGCGCAAAUUUAAAUUUGAAAAAUGCGUCAAUAUUUAUUGUUUUCUAGUGCGUCAAUCAAAGAAGACAAUACGCGUCAAUAACCUGAUUUUUUUUAAAUAAUAUUUUUUCUUGUGUUUGUACCGUCAACAUUUCUUUGUCCUUUAAUAUGGAAUUCGGUGAUUGCAUUGUAUACGAAAAUUCAGCUGAGCUUGAGUUCUUUUCCCCCGAUCAGCAACCAGAAACACCUGUGCCGAAAAAAAGAAAAAAACCAAGUGUAAUUUGUUCCUGGACCUACACUGCAAUACAGGAGCUGAUACAAGCUGUGGAACAGCAUCCAUGUGUUUGGCAGUAUUCAUCCACCGAGUACAAAGAUAGGAAUAAACGGGAGCAGGCAUGGCGGGAAAUUGAAAAAAUGUGUACAGGGCACACGGUGGAAGACUGCAAGGCCAAAUGGUGCAACAUUAAAACGGCCUUUCAAAAUGUAAAAAAAAAACUAAAAUCAAAAUCUGGUCAGGGAGCCGAAAAUACCAUACCACAUUGGCCGCAUUGGUCUGCAAUGCAAUUUUACAACGACCACUCUGUGUCAAAAAUGUCAAGUACAGUGUCAACAUUAGAUUUGGAUGACUCUGGAAGUACUUCACAACAUGCCGCUGCUGAGAUUGUAAAGGUAGACAAAAGUGACAUUUUGCAGCGUGCAGUUAAGUGUUUAGAUGCGGAGGAAGAUAAUUGGCACGCGAUUGGGAUGUAUUUGGCAUCACAAAUGCGAGAAAUUGCCAAGAAAAACAAGAAGGCUGCGAACAAACUGCAUUUCCAGCUUGUCAAAGUCGUAAUGGAUGCAGCUUUGGAAGCUGAAGAAGAUAAUUAAGCCUUGAUAAA